AAUUGGUUCUUUUACUCAACGAUUAACCCUUAGAAUUGGUUCGUUUACUCAACGAUUAACCCUUAGAAUUGGUCCUUUUACUCAACGAUUAACCCUUAGAAUUGGUCCUUUUACUCAACGAUUAACCCUUAGAAUUUGUCCUUUUACUCAACGAUUAACCCUCAGAAUUUGUUCUUUUACUCAACGAUUAACCCUUAGAAUUGGUCCUUUUACUCAACGAUUAACCCUUAGAAUUUGUCCUUUUACUCAACGAUUAACCCUUAGAAUUGGUUCUUUUACUCAACGAUUAACCCUCAGAAUUGGUCCUUUCACUCAACGAUUAACCCUCAGAAUUGGUCCUUUUACUCAACGAUUAACCCUUAGAAUUGGUCCUUUUACUCAACAAUUAACUCUUAGAAUUGGUCCUUUUACUCAACGAUUAACCCUUAGAAUUGGUCCUUUUACUCAAAAUAACACGUGUAACAACUUGUAUGUCUUUUUGUAA